AUGGCGAAUGAUUUGGUUGAAACCCUCUUUGAAGCGAUCACGAUCGGAGAUGCAACGAUCCUGGAACAAUGCCUUCAACAGGUGACCAUCGAUACCGUGUUGGAGUUUCGGCAUUCGUACGGCGAGUCUCCGCUGCAUUUGUGCGUGAAAAUAGGCGGCGUGAGUCAUCUCGGUGUGGUGCGUUGUUUAUUGGCGAGCGGAUUGGUUGAUAGUACUACCGUCGAUAGCGAAGGACAAACCGCGCUCAAGUGUGCAGUUGCGAAUGGAGACAGCGAGUUGGUUGAAGCUCUGAUAAACGUAGAAAUUGAUGGACUGGAUGAUGCAACCGCAUGCUACAAGAUGUUGAGACAUAACUCGCUGCAGAUAUUCAAAAAGUUUCUUCUUAUGAAGCAGUUUAAGGAGGAGGACGAAUUUCAACACCUAGCGAGUGCGUUAGUUCAACUGAAUGUGAAGAAUGUGCUGCUCUCGGAAGAGCUGCGCCUGUUCACGCUGUGGAAGCUGUCCGACUAUGGCUUUCGGAAGCUGUCCGGCGACUGGCCCGGUACGAAGGAUCCAAACGAAUGGAAGAAUCAUAUUGACGUUAUAGGCGACUGUUGGCGUGAUAUAAACGUGCGGCACAACACUCGACUGUACGCGGAUGCUGACGAUCGGUUCCUGCAUCGAUUGCAAACCGUGCACAACCAUCUGUACUUCCUGAAGCACAAACAAUUCCUGGCGCAUCUUCCAAUGCAGGAAGCCAUAUUUUGUGUGGCCAUCUUUCUAUCCAUCUUUCGCCACCCGGAACAAUUUCAGGAGUAUCGUCUGAUGGUCAACAAAUGUCUGGUGAUAGAGUUUGUGCGCAUGGUGAGCGAACAGUUGGCAAUAGUGAAAAAGUAUCUGGAAGGAACCGAAACGGAACUGUUGACGAUAGUGAGACAAAGUGAGUCGUCAGGUGCAGCAGAGAAAGACAAACUGAUCCAGGAUCUGUUGUCCAAAAUAGACUCGUCGGACCUGCCGAACAAAGCACACGUGUUGAAGCAACUAAAGGAACGAGUGGAGAGUACUACUGCCGCAAACAAGGAUAACUUAAUCAAAGAUAUGCUGGACAAGACAAAAAGAAUCGAUAAACUGUGGACCGGAGAAAUGGCCGAGAAGAUAAAAGGGUUGGAAAAGACGAACAGAGAGCAAUUGAUAGAGCAGAUCGGGAAACGUUUGCGUCACGUAUCUCAUCCACAAAAUGUAGUGCAUCGUUUGAUGGGCGAUUGGAAGAAGGGAAAAGCGACCGAAAUCAUCGUCGCGGACAUCGUGUCGGGCGAAUCUUUUCAUCUGUCGCAUCUGAUGCGUGGUAAAGAUCGUCGCAUCAAACGCAAACUGUUGAAGUGUUACUCCAAAACCAAACAAUAUUACUCACUGCAUAAAACCGUGUUCUAUUGCGAGAACAUCGUACGGAAUCCAGAUGAGCUUAAGUCGAAAUCCACCUACGCUGAGAUUGCGAGUAUGAAACGGACGGUUCAGGUGUUUGGUGAAGCCAUCAAGAACACCACCAACUCUGCCAAUAUGCCGGGAAAGGCUGCCGAUGCUAUGGGUUCAAUGCUGACAGAACUCUACCCCAUUAUGAACAAAUCAUACCGGGAGGUACUAUCGCACAGUAUCUCUUUGAAGAAGCAGCUUUUGGGCGAAACGUUCGAUAGAAGGCUCUGUGAUGCGUUUCGUUCGUAUUUGGGCAUGAUGCGGAUGGUAUUUCAGCUACUUUAUGUAGUCGCUGUCGCGAUUGUGCGGCAAUCGUUCUACGGUACUAUGCGCCAGUGUGAUACUUUUAGAGAACUACGAUCGCUCGUACUCUACGCCGGUGAUAUGGAGGCGCUGGAGCACCGCCAGCUAGCUUGCUUCACAGAGGUGACGCAGUAUUUCGAUGAAGCGAAAGCCACGUUCCAAGAGUUAGAAAGUGAACCUAUCGGCGAGAUACCUAUAUUCAAAUACUUACAGAAGCAUCUACAAGUGAAGCGUAAUAUUGUGAACAAGUUGCGUGAAUGUUUCAUUGAAAACGAUUGUUUUAACUAUAGUAGUAUACGGAGAGCAUGUUUCUCCAGCGACGAUUUGGCUUCCGUUCGAAGGUUGUUCGAUUGGAAGCUAACGAUGAGAUGGGUGGGCGAAUUCUUCCAGAAGGUGCGCUUGUCCUGGGAAACAAAUCACGUGCAGUCGAUAACGGUAGAAUGGAAAGAUCCACGUUUGCUAAAGUACAAUCCUUCCGUAAUUGCCGGGAUUCUCAAGAAUGGUUCUGCAGCGAUGGAGUGCGUCGAAGAAUUCGAAUACAUUGUACAUACGCGUCAGUUGACGGAGGAUCUCCGGAUCGCGGACAAGAUCGACGAGGAAGCGUUGCAGCAUCUCAAUAGACGUUUGAAGUCUUACUACAAUGAUAUCUUCUUCGUCGACAACAAAUGGAAGGUGCUGGAAACGUUCUGCAAAGACCGCAAACUCCCCUGGAACAAGGAACUUGUCCGUGAGUUGAUCAAACGCGAUCGAGAUCAUUUACAGCAGCUGUACGACAACAGUCGCAAGCAGUUGGGAGCAAUUCUGGAAAAGUAUGGUCUGAGCACGGUUGAUGGAUUGGUUUCGCGGUUAUUCCGGCUUCCAACUCGGAUGCUCAGCGCCAUCGAACACAUCCAGCUGGAGCUUUGUGAGAUGCUGUACGCAGUGGGAUACUUUGGUAAUAGUUUCCAUUACAUGAAGAGUCGCAUUCCUAUGAUACAGGGGAAAAACUAUCGUAACUUCUUGGCCCAUGAUACGCUGUCCUACAAUCUGCUAACGGAUAGCUCGAUGGAGAAGAUCGUGAUCAAUGCGUUUGUGUUCUCCAACACCGAGGUUCGCCUGUUCGGUAACGCUGGUGUAAACAAGAUUAAGAUUGCCGUACCAACGUUGUCUCAAAUGAACCACUGGGUUGAGCUUCAGCAUCGAUUGCUGGAAGCAUUCCGAUCCAAAGACAUCCAGACGAUGCAGAAGAUAGGACGGGAAGAAGGGGCAGAGAUGAAGGGUCGUUUUUGCUUUACGCCGAACAAUUCAUACCUCGCUUCGGCAUUCUUCCAGCUUCCAGAGUUGGUAAAUCCUUGUAACGCUAAUAUGUCCGUGGUAGAGUAUCUGGAUCAGUACUUUGCCGCGUUUUUGGAUCGAUGUAACGAUCCAGAAUACCAGACUUCGAUGGCAUUAACAUUUCGAGAUUUUCAGGCAGUUUACGAUCGUACAAUUGCUCGUGGUGAUCGUUUGAUACGCGACGAGAUGUUUGACUGGGAGGAGCUUAUGACUCACGUUCGCAAAACAGACCUGUUCGUCCAUCUGGUAGCGGUCGUUAAUAGGGGCGCCAUUUUGAGAACGCUUAUCGAGCACGGUAACACGGCAGGUGUUCGGGAGAUGCUGCCGUUCUUUGAAAGCUUCCACUCGCCGAACGAUCGUGGCCCGUUAGGCGAUGCGUUACUUUAUUGUGUGCGAUCGAUUGCGGAUCUGUUGCUACCACGAUCGUCGGUACCUCAUCCAGCGAUACUGCUGCUUGCCAUCAUUUUGCACUGGAAUGAUGUCUUUACAAACAUGAUGGCAAAAGCCGAUAUUGAAGGAAACACAUUCGAAUUUCUGCUGAAAACCACCGUCCAGGCUAGAAACUAUACAGCCGCGGUAUAUCUGCUGGAACAUGAAUCUUUUAGACGUUUUAUUCCUGACGCAUUUGUGGCUUGCUGUGCCUCAGCGGCGCGUAUGGGUGAACAAUCCGUCUUGCAGCAUUUGCUAGAGCGGUGUCCUACCACAUCGAUUGAGAAUGCUAGUUUAGCUGAUAUACUUCAUCAAGCCGCAUUAAAGCAACGGUGGAAUUGUGUGCAGCUACUAUUGGAACGUGACAUUCCAGUGGAUCGGGUGUUUACGGAUAACAUGCAGGAGAAACAGUGCACGUUUCUCAUCCUCGUAAAGUACGGUCAAUGUCGACUGCUUCAGAAAAUCACAUCCAUUAACCACGAGAUGUUUGGGACGGUUGCAAAACAUCCUUUUACUGUGGCGGUUCAAAACGGCAAGACAUCAGACAGAAUGAUUCGUUCGCUGCGCGCAUUAGGGUUCGAUUGGCUUGAUAGCUCCACAACGCUACACGCAGUGAUACGAAGCAAGCAUAGGAAGGCGUUUGAACAGAUCCAGGAGCUUGUGAAUGAGAAUUGUGUGGUGAAUCCUUCGACCCAUCUUGAUAACUUCCGACAUGCGUUAAUUGUGCUGCAGCGGUGGAAAAUGAUCUCGUUCGUAGAGGAGUCAAAGUCAUACGGAUCAUCUUCGUUAUUUUCUGCUUUACAAGCAGAUGAUCAUGCAAUGGUAAAAGAGUUGCUCAAUUGGGCUCGUCAAAUGCGGACGAUCGAGGAGCUAGGCAUUCUUGGGGGUAUCGUUUUUGAACGUGAUGCAGUCUUCACUUGUUACGGUCAAAGACCGGAUGGGUUAGCAUUUUGGAAUACACGUGACAGCUGCGAAGAUAUGAUAACCCGGAUGGAAACUUGUGCCUUGUUGGGUGAGAUGAUAUGGCAACGGUUUACGAUUAACGCUCAGUCCUCCACCACAGUCGCGUUCCAUGUGUUAACCACUGAGGAUGAAGUCAUAGAGCCUUUAGAAGAUCAGACAUUUGUUCUGCGGGAUUCAGCGUCGUUGGUCGAAAAUUUGAAGGAUUUCCUAACGUUUGUCAACGCCUCGCUAAGUAACUUCACCAUAAUUUUUGCCGAAUUUACCACAGACAGCGGAGCUACGAGAUACUUCUGGCAAAUUGAGCAAAGUAGUUGCAUGUACGACAUACUUCUUCCAUCAGAGAGGAGCAUUGAUUUAACUAAUACGGUUAAUUAUAGAGAUUGGGGAGGUGAAACUCCAUUGCACCAUUGCUUUCCGAGAGAUAAACUCGAAAUAGUACAGCUUUUGGUUGAGAGCGGUGCAAAUCCAUUGUUGGCAGAUAACAGCGGCUUGGCCGCUAUCCAUCUUGCACUGCUGAACUCACAGGACUAUGCCGUAGGGCGGUAUCUGUUCGACGAGUGUGUUCGAAAGGAUUUACGCAAUGAAAAGGGUUGUACCGUCCUGGAACUCGAUGAUGGCAAUGGUGGUAACAGAUUAAUACAUACCACCAUAAUGGGCGGCCGACGAGACAUCGUACAACGGUUGCUCGAGCUUCGCGUUGAUGUGUCGGUGGAGAACAGUAUCGGUGUAACACCAGCGCAUCUUGCUGCUGGCAUUAACAUCCAUAACAAUUGUCAUUUUGUAAAAAUGAUUCUUGAUUACGACGCCAGCUCGAUCGAUACGCGCGAUAACAUGGAUCAUACCCUGUUACACUUGGCGGCACGGACCAACUCGUUCGAAUUGAUGCACCUCUUAGUGCAGUACAAACCUAAUUUGAACUUAUCCCACGAAGGCAUGACGGCGCUUGGUAUGGCCAUCCUGAUGAGGCACAUCGAGUGUGCCAAGUGUUUGCUUAACUAUGCGAUCGAAAACAACAUCCAGGGUAUCACACAAGGCGAGGACGAUCUGGUCGUACUAUCAUUGUUUAGCGACGAUUACAAUUUAUCGAAAAUGUUGCUCGAGUACGAGUUGGGACACACAUUGGGGGAGGUCGACGAGCGAGAUCUACCCAGAAUCAAAUCCAUUAUCGAGGGGUCAGUUCCCAGACUGCCAGAAGUACCGAUAGCUCGUGUAGUACACAUGCAACGUUUCACUGAAUCGGAAAAAUUUUUGCAAGAAUUGAUGAUACUAGCAACCUCAGUUACAGAUCGUUAACGAUCCUGUUUUUGAUUCUUUUAAGCGCCUGCCAUUUCUGGCUUUCUAGAUUUAAUUCUACCACAUAGUCGUAGUUCUUGCUACGGGAAAACGAUCCAAGUGAGAUUUUGUAUUCCCGGUCCUGUCGUUUGGAACCUGCGACAUUAUCAAUGGGCCGCCGCCCUGUCUAAUUAGCUUCAAAAUCCUCUAAGAAAACAACAUGAUCUGAACCGCAUUUCAUCUGCUUGUGACGUAUUGAUCGACAAGUUGUACACAGAAUCAGCAAGUUUUAUAAUACAUAAAGGUUACUAAUU